AUGGCAGGAAGCGCAUUUGAAGUCCGAUUUCGGCUUGUGCAAGAUGCUCACAAUGUUUUCUCAAUAUGUAAAGAGACUUGUGAAGCCAAAAGAGUCCGCAACAUUUGUUGUGCAAAACGCGAGUCUAAGAACAGAGAUGCAGCUCAACAGUCCUUUUUAGUCGGGGCUUUAAUUGCUUUUGGUUAUGAAGUCUCGAUUAACAGAUUAUACAAAAGAGGGAACCUAACGUUUCAAAUGUUCACCAUACCUAACAUUAGAAAAAAUGGUGUGAAAGUUUUUGAUGCAGACCACCUUGGAUUUGAAUAUAAAACACUCAAGGAGAAGAGACAAAUCCUCGACGCUAUUACAAACAACACAAUGGUGUACCUUCUCGAACAAAACAGGUGUUAUUUUGAAGAAAGAAAGACAAGAAAAAUAACACGAGAUGAUGGCAUUUCAAUGAAGAGACUGAACUCCGCUAUAAUUAAUGGAAGGCAUUUCGAUUUGAAACAAAUCAACGAAGCCGGGUGCCACUUCAAUCAGACGAUUCGAACUAAAAUCACCACCAAAGAAGGGAUGACCAUUAAACCUUUUGAUUCUUCCUUUGAAACCUCUUCAACAUUUUCCAAGAGCGAAUCGUUCUAA